ACCUCCAUCGCCGAUAAUCCAUGCAUCGGAGACUCGGAACUUUCCGGCAGCUUCUCGCUUUCCGGAGCUCCGGAAGUCUACUUCUCUCGCCGCUUGUGGCACCUUGAUGGCCAAUUCUGUUCCGUCAAGAAGUGGUGUGUACAYAGUUGGUGACUUUAUGACCAGGAAAGAGGACCUACACGUUGUAAAGCCCACAACCACUGUGGACGAAGCACUAGAAAUUCUGGUGGAGAAAAGGAUCACGGGAUUUCCAGUAAUUGAUGACAAUUGGAAAUUGGUUGGCGUAGUUUCCGAUUAUGACUUGUUAGCACUGGACUCCAUUUCAGGUGGUGUAAGGACAGAUACAAGCAUGUUUCCUGAAGUCGACAGUUCGUGGAAAACAUUUAAUGAGGUACAAAGGCUUCUAAGUAAGACCAACGGGAAGGUGGUCGGCGAUUUGAUGACACCGGCCCCUCUUGUCGUUCGAGAAAUUACCGAUCUUGAGGAUGCUGCUAGAUUAUUGCUUCAGACAAAGUAUCGUCGACUGCCAGUGGUCGAUGCCGAGGGAAAGCUGGUUGGGAUUAUUACAAGAGGCAAUGUGGUAAGAGCUGCUCUUCAAAUAAAACAUGCUGAUGAAAAGUGAACAGAACAUGAUUUUGUUGCAGCCAGAAUCAGAGCCAAUCUGCUUGCUUUUAGCACAGAAGAUUCUGAAGUGUAAGCAUACAAUUUUGGGUCAUGAUUUUAUAAGUAUACAUCACACUUUUGUAUAAAUAGAUAUGAUCUUGAUUUACCAAAACCUGAAUUAUAUAAAUGGAUGAAUCAUGCUCCAUUACUCA